CACCUUCAAUUCACUUUCACAACUUCUUAGAUCAGACAAAUUAAGAAAAUCAGAUUAUACUGUUUUUUGUAUUACAAAGAACAAUCCUUUUUUUGAAUUUGUAGCAUUAUUCUUAAAAAGUGCAAAGCCA